GGACCUUUCCCCGCCUGCGUGGGCCCGGGAGAAUUCAAGGGGAAGGUGCUGGAAGAGACUUCAGAGACCCCUGUGGAGAUGGAACAGCAAAAGGAAGGGGCUGGGCCCGAGGGGAACAACCUACCCCUGCCGUCACCUGGGCCUGAGUUGUGGCCCCCUGCACCUUUCCCAGCCCUGUCACCUUCUCUCCUGGGCACGCCAGACCCAGCCCACCUGGGGCUCCCCGAGAGCCUGUCGUCUGUCACCGUCCCCAUCCGCCUGGAUGCCCUCUCCUACCUCCUGCACAGCGCCCUGCUGGGGGCCUACAGCCUUCAGCAGUCCUUGCCCUCCUGCCCCUGCUCCCAGCAGGCAUGCUGCACCCGGCCCUGCACCACCAAGAGGCCAUGCCAGGGACGCGGAGGGUGGGAAGUCUGGCGCAGGCCAAGCCGGGGCCAGGGCCAGCAGCGAUGGGGACCUGGGAGGGCUGAGCAGCCAGAGAGGAGCUGGGUGGGGGACUCUGGGGCUGGCCCCAAGACCCCACCGAUGAUGCCGCCCUCACCACCAACACCGCCUGCCCAGGAUGGGAAGAGAGAAGCCCGAGGUCCGGAGACACCCCUGGACACACCACCUGCUGCUGAGGACUGGGAGGCAGAGUACUAGGACCCUGAGCGUCCAGCACUCUGGGCUCUGGAGAGGGCCCCUCAGAUCACCAGAAGGAUUGUCCUGGAACCCAGGGUGACUCCAGCCCUGUCAGAGCUACCCCAAGAAGCAUCCUGUUCCCAUCCCUCUUCCCCAAAACCAUGGCCUCAGAAGUGGGGCCUGCAAGUCACCUGGUGAAACCUGGACCUGACUUAGGAUCCCAAGCCAGAAAAAACCCUGAACCUCAUACCCAGGCCCAAACACCUGCCUCUCCCCAUUCCCAACACCAUCCCCAGCUACAGUGACAACCCCACCCUCAUUCUCACCCCCAGGGCUCCUCUAACCCCAUCCCCAACCCCAAAGCCAUUCCCACCCCUUCUGCAACCCCCAGCCCAUGCUGCCUCUCAGUACCCUAUUCCCAAUCCCCUUCAUCCCCGUUCCUGUCCCGAACUCCACCCUAAUGCUCCUCAUUCCCCACCUACCUCAGGCCAAGCCGGUCCUCAUCCUUAGUUUCACCCCAAACCCAGCCCAUCUUCAACCCCAGCCAGCCUCAUCUCGUCCUCAACCUCCUUCCUGUCCCAGCCCCAACUGUGACAUGUCCUGUGACCCCACCCUGCAAAGAACCCCAUUGUUCAACAUAUCCAGACACCUGCAGCACCCACCCUGUUUCCUACCCUUGGGGGGCCCUGGGUGAACAAUAAAUAGAUGACUGUCCCUAUGUCUGGUGUCUCUGUGU